AUGGGAGAUUCUCAAGCAAAAUAUAAUAUAUGGACUGCGGAGGAGAGCAAUGAAUUAUUAAGACUUAUGGUUGAUGCUGCAAUGCGAGGAUGGCGUGAUACGAAUGGUGUGUUGAACAAAAGAACAGUGGAAAUAAAAAUACUUCCCACUCUUAAUGCAAAACUUGGGUGUGAAAAGACUUUUGCACAAUAUCAAAGCCGUUUGAAGUGGUUCAAACAACGAUAUAACAACUACUGUAAGCUUAUGCGCCAUAGUUCUGGGUUUGGAUGGGAUUCUAUGACAAAGAAAUUCACAGCUAGUGAUGAAGUAUGGGAGGAUUAUUUUAAGUCUCACCCUAAACAUGAACAUUAUCGGACUGAUACUUUUGAGGAUUAUGAAGACUUAAGACUUGUAGUUGGGAAUGGAACUGCUACAGGAAAAUACGCAAUUGGACUUGGAGAUGACAUUGAUGCGAGAACCUUUGAAACAGAAGAAAAUGGGGGUCUAACUUAUUAG